AUGACUAUGACUGAAGAGGAAAUUCAAGGAGUAUCACAUAGCAAUUUGGAUCAGGAAAAUCCUGAGAUUGUUACCGUUGAUAAGUCUAUGAAAAACUUGAGUUUGGAUGGAAAAGCUGGUGAAGAUGAUCAUAAUGGUCAUGAUGAUGAAGGCUCUGUGAAAACCGAAUCUGAGCAAACAGCCAGCGAAAAGGAUGUUGUGGAUGAGGAUAAGGAAAGUCCAGAACAAGAAGACCUAGUCAAUGGUAAAUCUUCUAGUAAAAAGGAUCAGCACCAAACAAGAGCAGAGAGGUUAGAAAAGCAAAUCGAACUAGAUUCCCGUUCUAUUUUUGUUGGUAAUAUCACUACGGAAGCCACUGCUGAAUCCUUGGAAGAACACUUCAAAGACUGCGGUGAAAUCGUGCGGGUUACUAUUCUCUAUAACAAAUUGACUGGGGCUCCUAAAGGAUAUGCUUAUAUUGAAUUCGAGAAUGUGGAUUCUGUUGCAAAGGCUUUGGAAAAGAAGGAUUCUCAGCUACAUGGCGAAACUAUCAAUGUAGCUAAGAAAAGAACUAAUGUUCCUGGCUAUAACAAUAAAAACAACUAUCCAAGAAAGGAAUGGAUUUAUCCCAGCUGGCAAGGAAAUGUUGUUCGCCAGUGGUAUUAUCCAUACUCUGCACCAGCUUACCAAAACUAUAAGCCAAAUGGCAUGCCUAUGCCACCACCUCCCCCUCAAAACGCAUUUUACUCUCAAUACCCCUACGUUUCCCGCCCAGCUCACAAUGGCGGUCAGAAGAUGCCAGGUUAUUCCAGAGGAUACUACAGAGGUAAUUACAGAGGUAAUUACAACGGGAGAAGAGGUAACAGUAAUUAUAGAGGACCAAGGAAUCAAAAUAAUGGCCACUAUUCUAGACCAGACUCUCACCGCAAUGAGAAUGGUGACGCUACCCCUGCUACUGCUACUGCCACUACUCCUUCUCCUUCUACUACCUCUCCGGUUUCUGAAACUUCAGAAGGAAACACACAAGUUGAGACAGUGGAAACUACCUCUGAUGUACCAGCUUCAAAGGUUGAGGAAUGA